AUGGUGGGUCUUGAUGGUUCAGGGAAGACCACCAUCCUCUACAAGCUGAAGCUCGGUGAAGUUGUCACUACAGUUCCUACUAUUGGGUUCAACCUCGAGACAGUAGAGUACAAAGGCAUCAAUUUCACUGUAUGGGAUAUAGGAGGACAAGAAAAGAUUCGUAAAUUGUGGAGACACUAUUUUCAGAACUCGCAAGGGCUCAUUUUUGUGGUGGACAGUAGUGACAAUGAAAGGAUAUCAGAAGCUCGUAAUGAGCUGCAUCGCAUACUAACCAAUAAUGAACUAGAAAAUGCAUGUGUACUCGUCUUUGCGAACAAGCAAGAUUCAAGAAAUGCUUUACCGGUAGACGAUGUUGCCAACAAACUUGGCCUGCAUAGCCUAUCCAAACGUUGUUGGUUUAUACAAGGAACAUCAGCCAUCUCUGGGCAAGGGUUAUACGAAGGCCUUGAGUGGCUCUCCAAAACUAUCCCUAACAAACCCGAACGGUCUACUUCGGUUGGUAGUUUCCGGAGUGAUUCCUCUGAGAGGAAGCUUGUACGAGGUCCAAGGAGUGGUAGGAGCGCGACCGAAAAGAAGACAAUGCUUUAA